UUUAACUUUGGAGAUGCAGAAAACGAAAAAUGACAGACGAAAUCCCGAAUUUACUUUCAUUUGCGAAUUACACAAAUUAUUUACCAAUUUUGGGGACCAUUUUUAGUUUUAUUCUGAUUGUUUUUGUGAUUUUAAGGUUAAAUGAAGAAAAUAUUUUUCGUAAUUUUGGUGCAGUGACUAGAUUUGAAGAAAAAAUGGAGCAACCAGGCUACAAAUUACAGAAUCCAUUUAGCAUUGUGUUAUCACCUGAUUCUCAACACUUAGAUUUGUCUUUAAAGAAAAGCUGCUUGCUAUAUAUUUAUUGGGGAGCCGUCAUCACAGAAUUUUUCCAAGAAAUUCAAAAGCCUUGGUUAGAUAUACUGGAAAAUUUGAAAGCAGGAGAGUGGUUGAAAGAUUUUACAUUGCUAAUAGAAAAAGGGAUACAAUUAAGCCCAGAACACCAUAAACAACUCUUAAAAAAACCUCCAGAAGUGACAGGAGAGCUUUUAGGGUCUAGACCAAGAAGCAGAUACCCAGCAAUAGUUAUAACAGUCAUAGAUAAUAUAUCUGAUUUGACCAGCAGUUCAUAUCCUCAAAUUGUUGCAGUAUUUUCUGUGAUUCAUGUACAAGAUACAGUAUGUAAUAGUGAUACACACAUCAUGUACCAAUAUCUUAAAACAACAGAUGACCAGGUGACAACAUUACAGCCUCUAUUUGUAUCACAGUUACAACAAAGUGAAGUAUCCCAAGGAGGAGGUAACUCCAUUAUUAAUGAUAACAAUUUUGAUUCACAUAUAUCUGCCAGUCAUGACAAUGCUGCACAACAUAGCAGUAUAAUAGAAAACAGUGAUUUAGAUAGACAGCCUCUGACUGAAGUCCUGCAUAAUACAGGAUCUAAUGACAACAAUGUACAAAUAAACUCCGCAGAAUGUGUAGUGUGUCAAACCAAUGAUGUUACAAUAGCCAUUCUGCCAUGUCGUCAUGCAUGUGUUUGUGAUACUUGUUUACAACAGUUAGAUAAAUGUCCAAUGUGCCGUGGUUAUAUCGUGUCAUAUUUCAGAAUAGGAGAUGAGGAAAAUUUUUCUUCUCAGGAUUCUAGUCAUAGAUUAUCUAGAGAAGGUAUAUCACAUAGUAGAUUGGAUGGUGAAAGUAGAUGGGAAUAUUUCAACAGACGUAUGAAUGAAUUGCUGGGAUUUCAGUAAAUUGACUAUUUUUAAUUGAUUUUUAUUUUAUUUAUUUAAAUUCCACAAGAAUCAAAUUUUGUUUCAUGACAUAACAAGGAAAAGUAACACAACAGAUUUCAAUGAUUGAAAUAUUUUUGUGCCAAAAAUAAGCUCACUACAAGGAUAUAGAAUAUACCCCCCUAGAUAAGAUUGGUCAACUUUCACUAAAUUUUAUCACAAGUAUAAAAAACUGUUUUAGAAGAAUGAAUUCAGUUGCAAGAAUUUAAUAACAAGUGGUAUUUCAAACCUUUUUUUAUGGUAAUAUUAAUAAAAAAGCAAGCAAAAAUAAGAAUUAUUUUGAAAUCUUUCUUUUUGACUUGAUUAACUUAUUGAAAUGGUUGUCUCACUUGCAAUCUUAAGCACAUCUAAUUUAUAUUAUAAUCAGGAUUUAUUAUGAUCGAAGUGUGACUCCUGACAGAUAAAUAACAUUGUUAUUAAUACAAAUUAAUAUGUGGUAGGUUCAAUAUUGUGUAUUCUAACAUGUUUAUAUUUUUGUCUCGAGUCAAAAAGCGAGACAUAGGUAUGCUGUUUCCGGCGGCAGCGUCAACAUUGUAUUACUUUGUGAUUAGGUCUAGUUCAUGGUGAACCACUAGUGGUAGGUCAAUGAUAUUUGGUAUGCAGUUGUAUAAGCAUUUGCACAUCUCAUUACGGUACCAUGGAGAUUAUUUGGCCACGCCCCCUCAGUCAAGGUCUAUUGACUUUGAAACUUUUCAUAGUUAACAUGUAUUACUUAGUAGUUUGUGAUUAGGUCAAUUUAUGGGGAACCACUAGUGGUAGGUCAAUGAUAUUUGGUAUGCAGUUGUAUAAGCAUGGGCAUAUCUCAUUUCCAUGGAGAUUAUUUGGCUCCACCUCCUUAGUCAUAGUCUAUAGACUUUGAAAAUUUUGCUAAGUUUACAUGUAUUAGUUUGUGAUGAGGUCAGUUCAAGGGGAACCAUUAGUGGUAGGCCAAUGUUAAUUGGUGUUCAGUUGUAUAAGCAUUAGCACAUCUCAUUUCCAUGGAGAAUAUUUGGCCCCGCCCCCUCAGUCAUGGUCUAUUUACUUUGAAACUUUUGCUAAGUUUACAUGUAUUAGAUUGUGAUUAGAUCAGUUUAAGAUGAACUGCUAAUGUUAAGUCAUUGAUAUUUGGUAUGCAAAUUUAUUGGCAUUUGCAAGUAUGGUUUCCAUGGAGAUUAUAUAGCCCCACCCCUGAUCAUGGUUCAUUGACUUUGAAACUUUUACAUAGUUUACAAGUUAAUGUUUGUGUUUAGGUUUGUUUAAAGGGAAAGACUUAUAAUAAGUCAAUGGUAUUUGGUAUGCAGUUGUAUUAGCAUUGGCACAUCUCAUUCCAUGGAGAUUGUUUAGCCAUGUACCUUCAGUCAUGGUUCAUCGACUUUGAAUAUUUGCAUUACUUACAUGUUAAAGUAUUGCAAUUUUAAUUUCAACAUUUGCAUUAUCAAAAUUACAAAAAGGCGAGACAUAUCUCUGUGAUAACAGUUUAUGUUUCUUUUUGUCAUUAUUUUAUCAUUUCAUUCUAACUAAUCAUUAUUAAUCAAAGUUUUUAAUUUUGUUUAUUACAUUUAUUUUGUUUUGUUAUAAAUGAUUACUGGUACUAUGCUCAGCAAUGGGCACCAUAAUUGGCUCAAUAAAAUAUCUUAUAUCUUGUACAGGGUAUAGUUAUACUGUUGUUGUUUAAUCAUUGUGUUUUGUAUUUAUUUUUAGAAUAAAGUAUGAAACAUGA